UCUUCUACUCUUCUGCAUGGUUGUAUUUUCCUUGUUGUUUUCAGCCCUACUUUAUUAUUCGGAAAUGGACAACACGUCUGUCUAUCCCCACAGCGAUUCUUUCUUAUCAAUACCUGAUACGAUGUGGUGGGCUAUCGUCACCAUCACUACUGUUGGAUUUGGGGACAUGGUCCCGCAAACUGGUGUGGGAAAGUUAUUUGGAAGCAUAUGUGCGAUCUUGGGAGUAGUGAUGGUCGCUCUUCCUAUUUCUGUGAUCUCUUCGACAUUCAAUGACAUAUUCCGGGAGCAUUCUCAACUGCAGAAGGUGAGAAACCGAAGGUUGCUAAAGAAGAAGCAGUUAACCCGUCAGCUACGGGCCAAAUUCAUGUCAACAAGAGGGCGGGAGUGGACGAAAGGAGUUUCAGAAAAGAGAUCUUUCCGCAAUUCAGCAUCUUUCGAUCUGCCGUGGUUCCGGACGUCAGGGUCCUCUACGUCAGCCUCAGGAAACUCCAUAUCUGGAGCCUUUGACAUGAUCAUGGAGUCGUCCCGCACUCCCUCUGCAGGUCAGACGCCAGUUCUGAUGGCAAGGAACUCCAACAAUCCACCCUCCCCUCUCCAUUCGGGGAGCACAGUGCCGAUGCCUGAGAGCAACUUUGUGUACGAGCGGCAUGGUUGACGGACAGUGGGAAGGCAGGGUGAGGAUAAGUGAUGGUUCGGCUCGGCAACAUGUGACUGGUCUGUUUUUAAUGUGAAUAAUAAGAUGUAGGUCAUCGUAGCCAUGUAAUUUUUUCCUUUGAAUGAAAGUAUCUCCUUU